GAUGAAGGCAGGACUCUUUCCACUGUGUGCCGAUGGCGAAACAAUGCUGCUUCUGUCCCGGUGAUCAUUUCUAGAGGAAGAUAUUCCGCUUUUUAUUUCUCUUCUCGACUCGUUUCUUUUUAUUUUUUUUAAUUUAUUUUUUUUAAACAAAAUGUGGCACGCGCGUUUUCAGCGCGGCGUCCGCGGAGUGCUCUCUUCAGUCGUGGCCGCUUGACUAAAGGGGGAUCCCGGCUCCCUUUUCAUCCUCUUCUCCCUUAGGAACAAGAGGAGUUUGCAUGCAAAAGGUGGUUUAUUUCGGCAAGCCAUGGAGGGACUUGCCUAAAGAGGAUCCAACAUAAAUCAACUUUUAGACUUUUUCCCCCCUUUUUUUGUGUCAUCGUAACAUCUUCCCCAGUAAGUCUCCUUUUCCAUCACCAUGGCUAAGAAGCUUGAACCAGCAGGGCUCAAGCCCACCAACAUCCGAACUGCUCCCUCCCUGCCCCCCGAGCCCAUCGACAUCAUCCGCACCAAAGCCCGCUCCCGUAGAGUCCGCCUUAACGUCGGGGGUCUGAACCAUGAGGUUCUGUGGCGGACCCUGGACAGACUACCCAGGACCCGGCUUGGCAAGCUUCGAGACUGCAACACCCACGAGUCCCUGAUGGAAGUCUGCGACGACUACAGCCUGAAUGAAAAUGAGUACUUCUUCGACCGGCACCCUGGGGCCUUCACCUCCAUCCUGAACUUUUACCGCACAGGCAAAUUACACAUGAUGGAGGAGAUGUGCGCCCUUUCGUUCGGCCAGGAGUUAGACUACUGGGGGAUUGACGAAAUCUACCUGGAGUCCUGCUGCCAGGCUCGUUACCACCAGAAAAAGGAGCAGAUGAAUGAGGAGCUGCGGAGGGAGGCAGAGACAAUGAGGGAGCGGGAGGGAGAGGGAGAGUUUGAUAACACCUGCUGCCCAGACAAGAGGAAGAAGCUGUGGGAUCUCCUGGAGAAGCCCAGCUCCUCGGUGGCUGCCAAGAUUCUAGCCAUCAUCUCGAUCCUCUUCAUCGUCCUCUCCACCAUCGCUCUCUCUCUAAACACCUUACCGGAGCUCCAGGUCCCAGACGAGUUUGGCCAUUCCAACGACAACCCCCAGCUGGCCCAUGUGGAGGCCGUGUGUAUCGCCUGGUUCACUAUGGAGUACCUCCUUCGCUUCCUCUCCUCUCCUAAUAAGUGGAAGUUCUUCAAAGGCCCGCUGAAUGUCAUUGACUUGCUGGCCAUCUUGCCCUACUACGUCACCAUCUUCCUAACGGAGUCCAACAAGAGCGUGCUGCAGUUCCAAAACGUGCGACGUGUGGUGCAGAUAUUCAGGAUCAUGAGAAUAUUGAGGAUCCUGAAGUUGGCCAGGCACUCCACAGGGCUCCAGUCUCUUGGGUUUACUUUGAGAAGGAGCUACAAUGAACUGGGCUUGCUUAUUUUAUUUCUUGCUAUGGGCAUCAUGAUAUUUUCCAGCUUGGUCUUCUUUGCUGAAAAAGAUGAAGAUGCCACCAAAUUCACCAGUAUCCCUGCCUCAUUCUGGUGGGCAACCAUUACGAUGACUACAGUGGGCUAUGGGGACAUUUAUCCACAGACUUUACUUGGAAAAAUUGUGGGAGGGCUCUGCUGCAUUGCAGGAGUGCUGGUAAUUGCUCUACCCAUCCCCAUUAUUGUCAACAACUUCUCCGAGUUCUACAAGGAGCAAAAGAGGCAGGAGAAGGCCAUCAAGAGGAGAGAGGCACUGGAGAGAGCCAAAAGGAAUGGCAGCAUUGUGUCAAUGAACAUGAAAGAGGCCUUUGCCCGCAGUAUGGAUUUGGUGGAUGUGGUGGUGGAGAAAGGAGAGGAUAAAACCUCCUUGGACAACCACCUGACGCCUAACCGCUGGGGGAGCUCAACCAGACACGCCUCCUCCGAGACUGACCUGAAAUCUCCAGAUAAAAGAAACCUAGAGCCGCAGAGCUCCCCUCACCGUAUCACCAUCACCACCACUGGAAGUCCCCAGCGGACAAGGACCCCGCAGCACCUUAAUGCGCAGAAACUGGAGGAGAUGUACAACCAGAUGACCAAGUCACAGUCCUUCACUAACCUCAACACGACGAGCUCCAUGAGCACUCUGAGCACAACCAUGACCGGCCCUGUCUCACCGAAGAAAUGUCAAAGCCCCGACUUUACAUUAAAAGAGGAAGUAGAGCUGGAGAUGAAGGAGGUCCAACCCUCCUCACCAGAUAACUUUGCGGGCUGCUCAGCGGACUUUAAACAACAAAACUCAGAUGAGGAAGAUGCAAAGCCAUGUCAGUACAGACACCCGAAGGCACCACCCUAUCUGGAUCUUAGCCAACUGAGGGCCAUUGACGACGAAAGCUCUCCUGGCGUCAUACUCAAAGAUGACCUCUAUAAACCCCUCAACCCAGAUGAUGGAUCAGAGCUCCACAUAGAGGAAGGAGAGAGCUUUAACAGCGCUGUGGAGAAUAUCCAGAGCUCCCCAAGAGGGAAUAACCCUCUCAAAAUAAAGGGGUUGAAAGCCAACUUCACCAAGACCUCCACUGAAGGCCCGCUAACACCACCCAGCACUACCUCUCCUGGAGACAUCAGCUCCAGCAUCCUGGAAGACGAGUCCCCUGAGGGAGAGAUGUCCCCGCUCAUCCCCAAUACACCGCAGCUGCUCCCCGUCACAGAGGAGGAGACCUGCCCGUUGUCCCCUGAGAGGCUGGUGGUAGACACCCCACCGGGCGAUGAAGAUCAAGCCACAGAGAACCACGAGGAGAAGCAUCUGAUGGAAGUGGCGGGCGCUGCGGUUGCACCCUUGUCACCCAAGACAGCAGCACAAAAUUGCACCCAAGGUGUAGUCGGGGCAGGGGAGGAAGUCAAGGCUGACAGCAACCAAAGUGGACACAAAGUAGAGAACCACAUGUUUACAUCAGAUAUCCACCUGAUACCCGGGGACGGCAGCCUCUCUCCGACCUGUGAAACCAGCAUGUGACUGUAAGAGAAGCGGCGAGGGACAAUAGACCCACUGCAACCUCAGCCUGGUGCGUGGGAGAGCAGGGAAGAAAAGACAAGGGUGCAGUUGUAGUGAAAGAUAUUUUUGCAUGGCAUGACAAGUCCCUUUUACUUGUGUUGUUGUGUAUUGCUGAAAAAGAAACUGCAGUGCUCCGUGCAGAAUUGAGAAUGACUUUGGGGGCAGACAGUGGGCUUAAAGAAGAGGCUCUUGACAAACAGAGGGAAUUCAUCAACUUAUGUAGACAUUUCGGUCCUCCCAAUGUACAUAAUGACAGUCUCCUUUUUCUAGCAAAAGAAGGAAAUGCACAGAGGGACUUAUCUGUAAAAAGCAUGCAUUUAAAAAAGACAGAUAUUUUACGGUGCUUAGUUUGCUGAAAGCGCUCCACUGUAAAUAAUAGGACAUCUAAGGCAAUGACAAUGCACAGGAUGGCAACAGAAAACUGUCACUGAAGGUACAAAUAUUUGUAAUGUGAAAUGGGAGGGGUGGGGGGCCAUUGAAUUGAAAGCCCUUAAACUGGGUGUUGCAUCGUAGCGACCUAUUGAAAAUAACAUAUCAUUACCUUUUGUGGAAAUGCAAAGUGUUCCCAUGAUGACCCUGUAAUGUUUUUUCGUGUGAAAAAUGGUGUAUGAAACUGUAAUGUUGACAUUGUUGCUUUCGGUUUUCCAUAACGACUGUUGAACUUUCAGUUGAUCAUCCGAUAUUCAGUCUUUGAAUUAAAGGCCGUGGGCAAGAAGGACAAACACACCUUGAUUACCCCGACGCGCGUACACCUGUAGUUGCCAAAUAUGUAACCAGUGAGGACAAUAACUAUCAAAUACUACCGCUACAGAUAAUAUUUAUGUGGUUUCAGAAGUUACAACAAGGUCUAAGAUGUUUUAUUCCUUGUUCACGCCUUUUGAUUCCAUCCAAAUCACAAAAAUAAAUCUUAUUUACUCUCUGACAUCAGAUAUAUACAUCUAAAAGUAGUUUUAAGAAUAAAAUAUGAAAUAUGUAGGUCUAGAUUGGUUGUAGAAAAAUUCUACUGUAGGUAAGUGAGAUUCCAUAAAACAGAGUUAAGAGUAUUUAUUUAUCCAGCACAGUAGAUCUGGUCAUUAAUACACUUAUAUGCUUUAUCUAUUUUGGCUAUUCAAAAGGGAUAGACUACCACAAAAAAAAUGACAAUAUUCCUUCUGAUAUCAAUGGACCAAAUCAAGCACACUGACAAGCUUUCAUCUAUCUCAGCUGCAUAGGAACAUAUACAGUAAUAACAUGUAAUAUGACACUAGUUUUUUUCCCCCUUAUGGUUUGUUUACCUGCAUUGUGUUCAUUAUCCUAUCUUCAGCGCCCUGAUGUUGUUAUUAACAUUUGUUCAUUACUACUGCAAGUUUAUCCCAUCCUGCUGAUAAGUUUAUUGCAUCUUUUUUUCUUUUUGUAUAUCCGUAGUGUCUUGGACUGUAAUUUAUUGUGUUUCAUUGUGAACAAAACUAUUUUCAGUCAAACUUAAACCCAAAGGAGUUUUUUUUCUCUCUCGUCUUCUUUCUCGCUUUUGUUUUACACUGACUGAAAAUAUCCGUUGUAUGUUGCCUUUGAUUCCAAUUUUAUUGCUGGAAUAUUUGUUUAUUGUUUCAGCAUGGCACUUGGCUGAGUGUACUCGUAGUGUGUGUUUGUGAAAGCCACACAAACCAGAAUGGUACUGACAGUAAGUAUGUGGGUGAAUUCUUUGUUGUUUGUUUUUAUUGUUUUCUUUCUUUUACUUAUUAUUAUUAUUAUUAUUAUCAUGUUUCUGUUCUCACAGAGAGGUGUGGAAUGUGCAAUACCGCAUACUGCAAUCUAUGCAGGCCAAGAAUUGUGGCACUUUAUUUUCUGUCUAUGGGAUUUGUAAGUGUACAGGCAGAAAUCACUUGUAUUUUUCAAAUGUUAUAUCUUUAAUAUGAGGCAAAACAGUAUUACAACUACCAGAAUCUCACAAACAAUGCAAAUGAGAAUUUGACUUUUACUUUUUCGUAUUAUAUGGCUGGCAUAUGCUGUCUAGCACCUUCAUGCCAGAUAUUAAUGGACCUCAAAUUUGAUUAUCUGUGGGAUUAGGGAUCCAAAUUGACCACUUUGGGCCUUUUAUAUUGCUGUUAGAUCGACAUAAAAUCUAACAAAUGUCUGUGGGAGAUAUUAAGAUAAUCUAAUUUCAAUGGCCACACACAAAGGAUUUUAUGUUUUUUGUGAAUUAACGUUGAGAAUGAUUCUAUUUUUUCUAAACCAAAAUGGAGCACGACCACAAUUUCCUGCCAUAUGGUGGUUGAAAUGAUGCGUGCCUUUUCAUAACACUGCUGUUUAUGAGAAGGUAGCAAGUCAUUUUGCUUUGUUCAUAUAGCACUGUACAGAAAAUUCUAAUUUUAUAGGAGAAAUCAGGUCUUUAUGUAAUAGAUACAAGUAAUGUUAUUGAGUUCUCAGGUUUUCUAUAACUCUCUGAUGUUCCGAUUGGAUAGAUUCUCUGUUUUUCUUUAACAGCUAAUGUCAACUAGUUACUUCUGUACUUUUUUGAAAGGUGAUGUUGUCAAAUCCACAUUGAUGUCUUGGCUUCUGGAGUAAGGAGUGGCAAUAUUUCUCCCUCCUCCUGGGUAAUCUGUGCACCACCAUUCAGUAUCCACCCCCAUCAGUCUUCAGUGAGGCAGGAAGGAGCAUCAACAAAGGGACAGCAGUUUGACUGUGAGGGUUUAAGAGAAAUAGACAGAAGGAGAGUGUCUACCUGACCACAGACAGACAGGAAGAGAUCCCUACUGUCACUGAGCUGAUACAUCUGAUUAUUUCCCAUGCUGACACCGCUGAGUGUUCCAAUCCCUACAGCUGCUGAGGCUCUAACUCAAUGGCAUGCCCUCAGGCACAGUGAUCAAUGGGUAAAAGGAAGGUCAGGAUACGGGACUUUAAGGGAUAGUUCGGUCUUUAUAGUGGGUUUGUAAGAGGUGCUUAUCCAUAGUCAGUAUAUUACCUACAGUUGGUGGCGGUCAGAACCCCCCAGUUUGAAGAAGCAGGUAGAGGGAGCAGCAAAACGUAUUUUAGCCACCAAAAAGUUUCAUUCUAUGUUAUAUUUUGAUCAUUUUCAUCACAAUAACUUGCCGUCAGACAGCGCUGUUUAAGUUUAUGCAGAGGGAACUGAAGCUGUUCUGUGCUCUCAUCAAAGCCACCAGCCUCCAUUGACAAAAUAUAGUAAUUUUACCUCGCAGAACAUGAGAGCUGCUGGUCUGUUGCUGCUGUGAUCUUUUAGUUUAUUUAUGUUAUUGUGUGAAUUUGGUGCAUCACAACUAACUUAUUAAAACACCAGACUCACAUGAUUACAAAUGAUCAAUGGAGGCUGCUUUGAUGAGAAUAUGUGUGUGAAAAUAAAAUAUAUAUAAAUAAAGCAUACACUUAAACUGAUACUGAUUUAUUUUUUAGUGUAUAAAAUACGUUUCGCUGCUGCUUCUGUCCACAGCAGUACAUUGUUUAGCUGAUGUGGCAGUGCUUCUGCCUGUUUGGCCAAACUGGGGGCGUGCCAACCACAACCAACUAACUAUAAAUAAAUAACUCAUAGAACCCCACUACAAAAGUCCAAACCAUCUCUUUAAAUGCAGAGAUGAAAUGGAGUCCUGCCAAAUGGUUCCAUCACAUCAGUGAUCAGCUUUGGUCCAUCUAUCCUUUUGUUUGUGUACACACUGUAUACCCAGACCAACAUAAUUUAACUCCGUAAUCAGAGAUUUAUGUGAGAGCUCAUAGAAUUAUCUUUGAAAUGACUGGCCCUUCAUUGGUAAAAGAUUGUGUGGUACUCUCCAAAGUAAAAUGCUGGGUCAGCGGUGGUUAUUCUUGUUUUUCUUUUUCUUUAUGAGGAAGGUUCGAUGAUAACCUUCUCGUUAAAGCUAUUUUUUCUGUACCUGUAUGUUCAAAUUAACAUUUUUACUUCAUCCCUCGUUUGUAGUAAUCGUGUCUCCAUGUUAUCCUCAAGUAAUCCUUCAUUUUUGACAGGUAGGAUAGAGAAACAAGGGAUUUGGGUUGAUCAGCGAUAUUCCCUUGGGAUGAUGUUUGUGUGGAUACUGAAAUUAAUUCUGUGAGCCAACAGUGAAAGGACUGUGCUCUGUCUUACUGUCUCACAAUGGCAUUAUCAUCUGUGAUACCGUACAGAGUGGAAAGGUUGUGUCUUUAUUUUCUCUGAGAGAAUGGGUAUUGUCCGUGUCACUCAUGCGUGCUUACCAAACCUUGCUCCCUAAAAUGCAACAUUGUUUAUUCUUAUGUCUCUGUGUAUUCUGCCUCUUACAGUUUUUGGAUUUUGUUUUACUUUCUGUUCAGCUUUUGGAGAACAUUAUCAUUAGACACACUCUGAGCUACAGACUGUUUUCUGUACAAAGCAACAUCUUUGUAUGCAUGUAGUAGUUCGAACAAUUAUGUGACCACAGAACACUUUGUUAUGGUACAUGUAUGUCAACAUUUCUGUAGAGCAUUGUUCCCCAUUACGUCUAUUAGCAUAUGCAGAAUAACAAAUAAAUGUGUAUAUAACUCA